GCGAUCCUAACCUAUGGAUUACGUGGGAGAUCUUUUAUUAAUUCUCUAGAGAAAGUAUACGCGUAACAUUACGAAUAUGACAACGACGAAUUACUUGGACUUGGACAUAAACAAAUUGUUCGAGCAGCACACCAUUAAAGAGAUCGAGGAGAUUCAGAAGAAGAUUCAACUGGAAAGUGACAGGAAGAAAAUAGAAUUACGGACAUUAGUUGGAGAAAGAUAUCGGGACUUGAUAUUGGCUGCCGACACAAUUGGGAAAAUGAAGAUAACGUCUGAGAAAGUUACCGCGAGAAUCGCUAAUAUAGAGGAUAAAUUUAGGGAACUGCAAAAGAAAUACCUUAUUGGUUUCAAGACGGAGCCGGUCGAAGAUAAGCUAGACAAAAGAGGGCAUACGUUUGACUCCAUCAUUAUCCAAAUCAAAAUCCUGAUGGACAUUCCGCAAGACAUUUGGACGAGCAUCGAGAAUCAGAAUUUGUUAUUUGCCACGCAGUUGUACAUAAUAGCGCAGCAUAUAAAUUAUAGUCUAAUGUUUGAAGUCGGCAGUGCCGAGCUGUCGCGUAGAUAUCCAAUUGUUUCGAAGCAGUGGGAUGUUAUUAUGCAGUUUAAAAACAUUAUAUCCAGCGAAUGCAACAAGAUAUUGCAAUCGUUGGAUGUUUCAACCAUAAAUGCUGCAAACUGCUUGGCGUCUCUCGUAUUUUUAAAUGAAUCGUCAUUUGCGGAUCUUUUAGAAAGAUUAAUAUCUACGAGAAGUCAUGCCAUUGAAUCGGUCGUCAAAGGAGAGAGUCACGACAGUGUUAAAAAUAAGCUGAAAUUGUGUAUGAAAAUACUUAUACAAACUGUCCAUUUGAUAUAUUCAUGUUUUAUAAAUGCAGAUAAUGCGCCUGGGGGCUUAGUCUUACAGUUUAUAACGGAUAUAAAAGAUCAGGAGGCAUAUUCUUUGCUAUCGCAGCUGGAUUUAGAUCAAGAUUUACUCAACGAGUUCCUGCCAUCCGUUACCAAACAUCAUAAACCAUUCGUUCAGGAUGUACCAAAAUGCUUUUCUCUAUCAGCCCUUCAAGAUAGCGUUAAAUCUUGGUUGAAAUGGGUGAAUGAUUUUUCUAACGUCGAGGUCGCCAAGUUAUUAGACUUAAUAGUUUCUAUUAAGGGUCUAUAUAACGUUCGGGAAGAAGCUAUCAGCGUGAAUCUACCAGAAAACUGGAAUUCCAUAUGGGAAGAGCUUUCAUUGCCGAGAAUAAGUUUCUGGAUGGAAUUCUUCCAGCCUAUUAUAACUAAACGAGCUAAAUGUAUUAUAACGGACAAAUGGACGGAUACGCUGACCGAUUUAAAAUCCGAUAUAGCAGAAUUGCUCGAUAAAGUGGCACAUGAUAAAUUUGAAUUUCCGGAACACGAUUUACGAUGGUUUGUGUGGAAGGAUUCCCCCACUGACAUUCCACAAAAGCUUACAAAGAAUGGCGGAUUAGAUGACAAGAGAUCCUUGUUAAUGAAGGCUAAAGGAUAUUCCCCGAACGUGAUGAAAUUGUGCGAAAAAUUUGAUGAAAGUCUACGUGCGCUGUUGUCCGAUCUUGAGCACUAUUUAUACGAGACUGAGCGAGUAAUAACAAUAAAAGACAGUUUAUUUUCGGCGAAUGUAUCUUUAAUUGCAAAUUCGUUCUCCGAUCGUAAUGAAGUUCAAGAACAUUUGCAAGCAAUCAGCACCGAAAAGAUCCAAGAUCUUGUACUGUUUAUAAAGAGCACAUGCGUCAAUGAUAAGCCCAAACAUGGUCAGAAUGAUAUAAACGCUAUAGUUUUAGCAAGAUUUCUCUUUGCUUUAACUACUCUGUGUCCGAAUUUAAAUAUGUGUUUUACAUCGUCGAAAGUAUCUGGGCUGACCAUCACGAAUGUCAAGUGGCAGGCUGUUUGUGACAAUCUGAAGGAAGAAAGUACUUGCAUGUGGUCCAUUUGGGCUAAUGUAUAUAAAGUUAAAAUAUCUGAACAUAUGAAGAAAUAUAUAUUAAGAGAGCCGAUGGAUGGGUUGCGUGUUCACUGGAUCGUAGCGGAAUGGGAGAAAGUUACCAUCGAGGAAGAAUCCGGAGAGGGAAAGCGAAUAAAGUCUGAAAUUUUAAUACCGUAUCAACCAUCGAUACCUUUGCAAAAAUUCCUGACUGCCGUCUGCAAAGAUUUAAAUAAGAUUAUACCUCAUACACUUCCAAAGAGAGUACUACAGCAAAUUAUCGAAAGCAUUAUUACCGAAUUAUUUAAUUAUUAUCUUAAUGCAUCUAAAAAUCUAGACCUCAGACAAAAGCAAGCGUUUCAAGUACUAUACGAUAUAAGAUAUUGUACAUUGCUCAUGGUGCCACAUGAAAACAAAAUUCUUAAUGAAUUAUCAACCAAAACGUGCGAUGCGGUGCUUGCGAAAAUAGACCCGUUCGAUUACGGUGUCUUUAAUCCGUUUAUUAACACCAAUGUUAAAAAAUCCGUGCAAAGGUCUUUGUUGAUAUUUGGAAACCUGAUCAGUCAUUUGGAACAAUUGCAUUCGAUACUGGGUGCGCGUAAUGAACACGCGAGCAGUGACAAUGGGAGGACCGAACCACCUGCGGUACUUGCAGUUUGUACAGGAGCAUCAUGGUUCCCGCCAUUAACUGUAACCGCUCCAACAAGGAAUUUGCCAAUUUUGUCGAUGCCCAUACCUGAUAAAACACAACGCAAGAAAAUAACAAAAGAACACGCGAAAAAUGAUUCUACCAGUGCAAUAAAAUCCGGAGCGGCUGCGUUUUUCGGUGCAAUGGGAUCAGAUUGGUUCGGUAGUAGCAAUUAACUCUAUUUUUCUUAUUUUAAAAAGAUUGUAAAUAUUGUCAUAUAUCAUAUAUAUUGUAAAUAAUAUGUUAGUAAAAAAAGAUCUUUUUACCAUCUAUUAUCUGUUUUAUACCAAUUAAAUAAAUUAAUUAUAUAAAUAAGUAUUAAAACAUUUAAUAGAA